GACUCAGGCAGUACGUAAAGAACGUAGCAACUGACACGCAGUUUACGACUUUAUCGGGAGUAGAUAGUGUCGGUGAAUAUGUUAUAAUCUGACUUCUUCUCUGAGCUGGCCGUUAAACAGUGUGGAAUCAAAGGCAGCUGCUUUUAAACAGCGUGAUAUGAAAGACGGCUCCAUUCGUGUAUCGGUGACUCUGCAGGAAAACUCGAACUUCAGUGAACUUAGUUUAGCUCAAAUCGCCAACAUGGAGGCCGGACAAAACCUGAAAGACCUGGACAUGACGGCGGAUGAAGUGGACAGGCUGAGAAAAGCGUUAAGAGAUGACAAGUUCAGGGAGAUGCUGCGAGAUUACGCGGAGGAAAUAUCAGACCCGGAGAACAAGAGGAGGUACGAAGAGGAGAUCGAGCUUUUGGAGCGUGAGAGAGGAAACAGCAUCGACUUCAUCCACCCGGAACCUUUCAGGGCUCUGAAGACGAGUGCGGACGGCAGCCGAAAGUGUUUCAUCAACAUUUGCUCCAACGAGAAAGUUGGAAAACCCGAGUGUAAGAGUGGUGUGUCGGAGGAUGGCCGCAGGGGGCAGAGUUGGUCCAUGCCCCACAGUCUGCACCCAGGGAGAAAGGACACGGACACACAGGGGAACCAGGUCACCAUCUAUGAUGUCAUCUUCCACCCUGACACCCUCCACAUAGCGAGCAAAAACAAGAGGUUCAUGGACAUGGUGGACAGCACAGCCAUUCAGGGGAUCGAGAAGGCCUUUCAAGUCACUCUGGACAAAAAAAACAUGCGGCAGUUGAAAACAAAGUACAAGGGCACCCCCCAGCCUUGUGUCAUUCGCAAACCCAUACCUGGAUACAAAGACGAGGCGCCCCCAGUGCAGCCUGACCCUCUUGCCUUUCCAUUCCCUGGGGAUAAAGGACCUGCCCCAUCCUCGCAAACCAAACCCUCAGAGUCACCUGCAUCAAGAAACAGCAGUGAUGCAGAACCUGAGAGUUUCCAGGUCCAGCCUCAACAGAGCAAAGAGCCGACCCAGCCCAACUACACGGUGAAGUACCGACAUUUUGUCGAUCUGCAGGACUUCAGGAACUCCAGAGACUCAGCUCAGAGCCCCAGGCCCAAGGAGAUAGUUGUCACCAUUGACCUGCCUCUGCUGAAGUCCGUCUCAGACACCAGCCUUGAGGUGAUGAAGCAGACGCUGGUGCUAGACUCCGAGAAACCGGCGUACAGGCUCGAGCUGCCUCUGGCCUACCCUGUGGACGAGGACAAAGGAGAGGCCAAGUUUAACAAGCACAGAGGACAGCUGACGGUCACACUGCCUGUUCUUCCCUCUAAUGAAGUGUUUGAUUAUGCUUCAUGGCCUGCUGCGACUGUUGGUGACGGUCAGGGUGAAGGUGUUGAUGAAAGGAAUGUGAAGGAAAGCGAGGAGGAGAGAGGGAAGGAGCAGGAGAGGGGGAUCGAGAAAGGUGAGGAGGAGCAAAUAUGUGUUGAGGAGGAUGAUGAGGAAGUAAAGCAGGAAAGAGUAUAUGAAGAGGAUAAGAAGCAGCAGACAACGGGGGGAGGUGAAGAUGAGGACAGAGAGGAGCAGAUGAGAGGAGAUCAGGGGGGUGUAAAGGGGGAGGAAAGAAGUGAAGUAGGCGAGGAGGAAGAAUGGAGACCACAUAAGAAAGAAGGGGAAGAGACUGAAGACGGUGUGGAGAGGGAGGCAAAAUGCAAGAAGCAGAACGAAAAAGAAGAAAGUGUGGAGAAGGAAAGAGGAGAGGAGGAGAACGCAGAAGAGCAGAAACAGGAAAAUGUGAAUGAAGAAAAAUUGACAGCUGAACACUCCAGAGAGGAGGAAGAAGUAAAUCUGACAGAGAUCCAAGAGAAAACUGAAAAGAUGGAGGAAAACCUGCAAAAUGUUCAGGUGGAAGCAGUUGAGUUUCACAGUCACACAUCCGGUGAGGAAUUAUCAGGCCACGACGUCGUAGAGGACGUUUCCCAAGGGACUGAAGUGUCUGAAACAGAAACAGCAAACGAGCCGGGUAGAGGAGGCUCGGGAGAGCAGAGCAAGAGGGACAACCUGGACGAGGACGACCUGCACACGGAGCAGAUCUUCCAAACCCCAGUGCACAACGAAGAGCCUGCGUUACUGAGGGAAAUUGAUGAAGAUGGAAAGGAAAACGUCCUCAGUGAUCAUUCCACACCUGCUGGGUUCAUCCUCCAUAACGCCCUGAUGUAUGAGCUGGACUGAGAUCUCUCGUUUUCUCUA